UUGAGUUCACAUUGCUUCGUGCAGUUUGAGAUCACGCAGUAUCAUGCCUGAACCAGCAAAGUCCGCGCCUAAGAAGGGCUCCAAGAAGGCCGUCACGAAGACCGCCGGUAAGGGAGGAAAGAAGCGCAAGAGGUCCAGGAAGGAGAGUUACGCUAUCUACGUCUACAAAGUCCUGAAGCAGGUUCAUCCUGACACCGGUAUCUCUUCCAAGGCGAUGGGCAUCAUGAACUCUUUCGUCAACGACAUCUUCGAGCGCAUCGCCGGUGAGUCGUCUCGUCUCGCUCACUACAACAAGCGCUCCACCAUCACUUCUAGAGAGAUCCAGACCGCCGUGCGUCUGCUGCUGCCCGGAGAGCUGGCCAAACACGCCGUGUCCGAGGGCACCAAAGCAGUGACCAAAUAUACCAGUUCCAAGUAGAGAUUUAACCGAGACUCUCAGCGACCCAAAGGCUCUUUUAAGAGCCACCUAUCUUCUCGUUAAAGAGGUUCUGUUGUCCGUAGAAUCAGUUGCCAAGUAAAUAAGUAUAGAAACUUCCAUGACCGUAAUUUGAUCCGAGUCUAAUCCAAAGCUAGUUUUCGUGUUUAUUCAGCGACCUGUUUUCCAAAAAGUAUGGCAGUGUGGUUUUAAAAAAGCUAUUUAGUUUACUUAAGAUUAAUUAUUGCUGGGUUAUUGAGGUAAUUGAAUGAAGAAAUUUAAAGCGUUAGUUAACCCAAAAAUGAAAAUGUCACUUAUUACUCACCCUCAUAUCGUUCUACACCCGUAAGACCUUUGUUCAUCUUCGGAACACAAAUUAAGAUAUUUUUGACGAAAUCCGAUGGCUCAGAGAGGCCUGCGUAGACCGCAUUGGUACUUUCUCUCUAAAAAUCUAACUUAUCAACCUUAAUAUUAUAAAGCGACGAGAGGUGGGUUGAAGUCCUUUUUUUUUUUUUUUUUUUUUUUUUUUUUUUUUUUUUUUUUUGGGGGGGUGCACAAAAAAAAAAAAAAAAAAAAAAAAAAAAUUCAAAAAUACCUAGCGAUGGGCGAUUUCAAAACACUGCUUCAUGAAGCUUCAGAGCUUUACGAAUCGAGUCAGUGGUUCGGAGCGCCAAAGUCACGUGAUUUCAGUAGUUUGGCGGUUUGAUACGCAAUCCGAAUCACUGAUCCGAGACAAAAGAUUUGUAAUGCUCCGAAGCAGUGUUUUGAAAUCGGCCAUCACUAGAUAUUGUUAAAAAGUCUUUUUGGCGCACAAAAAAUAUUCUCUUCGCUUUAUAAUAUUAAGGUUGAACAACUGUACUCACAUGAACUGAUUUAAAUGUGUUUUUAGUACCUUUAUGGAUCUUGAGAGAGGAAAUACCAUAGCUGUCUAUGCAGGCCUCACUGAGCCAUUGGAUUUCAUCAAAAAUAUCUUAAUUUGUGUUCCGAAGAUGAACAAAGGUUUUAUGAGUGUAGAACGACAUGAGGGUGAGUAAUAAGUGACAUUAUUUUCAUUUUUUGGGGUGAACUAACCCAUUAUGUCUAGUUAAACUCAUUUCCUUGCGUUAUAUUUGGGAAAAAGAAAGAUCACCCAGGUAAGUUAUAGGGAUUUGGGAUGAAGAAAAAAAAAAAAAAAAAAAUUGAUGAUGGACAAAUUAUUCAACACUCAUGUGAAAUCUCAAUUUUAGUUCCAAAUCGUGUACUUUUCCCACUGUUAAAGCACUUCAAAACUUGAGCCCAUUAGUAACUGUUUCUACAUCAUGAGAAUGUAAUGUUCAUAACGCCGCAUUCACACGGGGCGUCGGCGUUAAUGCUUCUCCUUUACUCUGAAUUGGUGACAUCAUGCGUUGCCGAACUGAAUUGUAGGUUCCAUCGCGUCGCGAUGCAAGUGGCAGAAGUUGAAGAUUUCUCAACUUUUCAAGCGCCAACGCAGGCGUCAGCCAAUCAGAUCGCCAUGCAAACACUCUACAGCAGUCGCUAGCCACUUGCAUUCAUGCAACACCGGAAAGUAAGUUGAUUGGCUGUUAUCGCUAUAACGGUUGCGUCAACACAAGCUUCAGACACGCCCUCUGUCAAGUGUUGACGUUCCGCGUGAAAGCAGCGUUACUGUAGACAGGAGCAUUUGGGUUUAGUCGAUUUCUGAUUCAUUUUACUAGUCUCCGCUAAUAAAAUCAUUUUAGCGAAAUUCACUUGCCAGUAGGGUGUUUUUACAAGUCUGAUAAUAAUUCUUUCAAUUUUUGGAUUUCUCAUUGUCAGCUUAUACGGACUAAAGCCCUGCAGCUGUCUGAAUAUGUUAUUUUUAAUAAAGUAUCUUCCAGCUGACCUGUCAGAUGAUGAUGACUGCAGCAUCUACGACUGAAGGACAAUAAGAAGAACUCUGAAUAUUACACAGCUGUCACUGUACUGGAGCAGCUAUGAUGCUUUUUAAAUAGUACUUAACCCUCUGGUUGUGUUAAUGUUAUCGCAGUGGACUAAAACUUACCAUGUGUGGUAAUAUUGGAAGGAUGAAUAGAUAUUGGGUGCAGACAGUUCAGAAUAGGAUGAAGUUAAUCUCUGUGAAAAGAGGCUUACAAUCAUUCAGAUCCAAAGAAAUAUAAAACCUGUGCUAACUGAAAGAAAUCAAGUUGACAAAUAUUGGUAAUAAUAUAGCAUACUGAGAGGUUUACAAGCAAUUUUGAGUAUGCCGGUUAUUUUUGACCUGGAACACCACAAGUGAGACUUUGUACCAUUUUGUACAAAAUAAAAGCAUUUCAAAACAAACUUCCUAGUUAAACAUUAAAACUAGUGCGAAUAAUUGUGUAGAAUAUUUUAACAUUUUAUUUAAUUUUGCCAAAAUUACCCUUAUAAUGCUUGUUUCAGUCCCUUUGUUGUGUGUUCUCAGGGCAGGUUUAUGUACAUUGUAAAAAAUAUUGCCUUGGUUUUGACUCAAAAAUAAAAAUAAAUAAAUAAAUAAAUAAAUAAAUAAAUAAUAAUAAAUUAAAUAAAAUUGAGGCAACUAUUUGCAUCAGACUUCUAAGUAUUUUGAACUCAUCUAAUUUGUGUUUGACCAAAUAGCCUUUACAUGUCUUCAACAUGCACACUUAAGUAAUUUCAACUCAGUUUUCCUUGUAAAAACAACUCAAAUUCAAACUCAAAGGGUUUCUCCCUUCUCCCACUGCGCUCCGUGUCCAUGUUUUUGGCAGGGUUCUCCUGGUAAAAUUCUCAUUCCUGGGGCUAAAUAUCAUAUUAUUUGGGGUCGCUUCAAUUCGCGGCAACAGUGUAAAAGUAGCCCAAUUGCGCGGGAAAACCGCACACUUGACAACACUGAACAGCUGCUCAUUCAUUAAAGCAUUUCAUAUGAUGCGAUGUGCUACAUCCUAAUGUCAGGCUCCAUUUGUCACCACAACGGUAACUCCCAAAACUCCCAACAUGAAAAAAAAAAAACCUUUCUAAACCCCACCUUAAUAGAACAUUAAACAAUAAUAAAUCUUCUUAUUUAUCUUGCUUAAAACACAUAAAGAUGAACAAAUUCAACAUUUUCUCUUCCAGUUAAAUCCCAUGCAAAGCAUUCUGGGAACUAGAAAUCUCCUUACCUCCAGUAAGUAGAUUAUACACAAUAAAAUUAAGUUAAUGCUAAUUUAAAUAUAAUAUUGAACAAGCAGCAAACAUCCUUGUUUUGAGUGAGUGCUUCCAUUUCAGCCAAGCGGC